AUGGAAUUUCAAAAAAAAAAAAGAUAUGCAUUCAAACCAGAACAACAAAAACAGACCGUCGGCAAGAAACGCGGAACAAGAUUCAGAGUUCUGAGGUAUGGAAGGAAAAAACGCCACGGUCUUUGCGCGCGACACAAUUCACCACUUAUGAGAACAAGCGGAAACCGAUUUCUGACUUGCACAAAUCGACUUUUCUGCAGAAACGAGAUGAGGACCUCUGCUGUGGUAUAAUUUUCCAAAUACGGUUUGGUGAUGGACUUCAUGGUUUCUUCGCGCCGCCUCUGAUUUCGCGAUAUCUGUCAUGUAAUCCUUGCUUGUGUUUGCAUGUUAUGACGCAAGACUCGUACUAAUCUAAAAAAUGUCUGGUGUCAGGUAUUCGCCAGCUGCCUCGUCGUUGCCAGUAUCUGGGCCGGGUCUGUUCACAUGUCUGCUGGUAGUUCAACUCUUUUCCUGCCUCGUCGAAGCAAACAAAACAACCGCGCGCUGCACCUUUGCAGCAGCUUACGUUCAACAUCAAUCUUCCGAAGAUCAUCAGGCCCGAUAAGACCAAUAGUCUCGUCAGCGAGUGCCAGCACGCGUAUAUGCAACAUCGAAUGAUAAACGGCAUUGGACCUGGAAUCUAGGCCGCCGCAGCGUGUUUCUCAACUUCUGGGCAAACGCUAGCAUGUGAGGCUGCUCGUCCUCGUCUGCUUCUUGUUAGCCGGCGAGGUGGAGGCUCUUGUUGCCGUAAAGGAGAGGCGAGAAUUUGUGGUACGACCAUAGGACGGAGAGGACGAAGGAAAAAUGAUAUGAAAAACUCAAAUCUACACCCUUUUUCUUUAUAGUACUGACCCGUAGUACUAUAAUUGCAACUACUAGCGAAUCUUGCGAGAUGUCUUUACUUGUCUUAAGUGCAACAAAUCCAAACUGCACGUACAUCAGAGGCUCUUCAAUUCGAUUACCGCGAGCUAUUCAAAACUCGAUCUUUCAAAACUUGAUCUUGUCUUUACUUAGGGAUGACCAACCUGGUGGCAAAAAACAGUCAAGGUUUCUCUUGCAGAUUUUUUCCCUUCAAGUUAU